UGUUUUCGUGCGGCUAAACAGCGCUAUUUGUUGAUAGGCAACGAAUUAUUUUUUAAAACUACAAAUUUGUGAUAUUUUCGAUUGAUUGUAAAUAUGAAACGAAAAGGAAGCAUAGUAUUUACUCCAAAAAGGAAACAGGAGCGCACGGAAGUUGAAUCAGACGAAGAGAAAGAUCGCCUAUCCCAAAGCGAAUCGGAACAUACCGUACAAAGUGACGAUGAUAUGGAUGAGAAUUUAGCGGAUCAAAGCGAUAAAGAAGAGCAGACAACCGAUGGGGAAGAGGAUUCAGAACAGGAUACGGAAGAGGAAAUAAGCGUCGAAGAAUCGGAAGGCGAACAACAAGAAACAGACGAGGACAACAAUGGUGAAACUCAAGAGGACAGUGAGCCGAACGACAGUGAUAAUGAAGAGGAUACACCAUCCAAGAAACAAACUAUUGUCCGAGGCAAGGUGCACCGUGUAACACCUUUAUUAAAGAAAAAGAAGAGAAAGACUGGGGUCAUCUAUAUCUCUUCCAUUCCAAAGCACAUGAAUGUGACUAUCCUCCGAACGUUGCUCGAACCAUUUGGCGAAAUCGGGCGCAUUUAUCUACAAGCUUUUCGGAAAGAUGGCAAGGUACGGUUGAAAACUGCACAAGGUAAGCGAGCUAUGGUACAGUACACCGAGGGUUGGGUAGAGUUCCUUGAUAAACGAGUUGCAAAAGCAAUCGUACCGAUGCUGAACAUGCGACCGAUCACCAACAAGAAAAAGUCCGUCUUUCGCGACUUGUUGUGGAACAUGAAGUACUUGUCAGGGUUCCAGUGGGUUCACCUGAACGAACGGUUAACAUAUGAACGGGCAGUGGCCAAGGAUAAGAUGCGUGAACAGAUUCAACAAAUUCGCAAGGAAGUCUCGUACCACGAAACCAAAGUGCAUCAUAAAGAGAUUGCACUUAAGAAUGCCGCUAGGGAAAAGAAGGAACAAAGGGCGAAGAAUGGUGCAAUAUAAUGUCGCAUAUAAAGUUAACUCA